CGUCAUCGUCAUCAUCAUCAUCUGUUUCUUCAUUAUCCUCGACUACAUCUUCGUCUACGUCAUCCUCCCUGCCGUUCUCAUCAUCAUUAUCAUCUGCCGUGUCCACCCUCACCUCUGUAACAUUAAGUGCCGUGUCCAGCAGCGCCCCAUCUUCCACCCCAUCCUCGGAGGCUGUGUCCACACUGAGCAGUAGCAAAGUGGGCCCAGACAUGAUGCCUACAAUACCCCUGGUCCCGGUUCAGGUCCCCAAUGGGCGGAGUGGGGUGGUCACCAUCCCCAAGAACCGGGGCCGCUCCAAGGGCAUGCCCCUUUGCCCUUCCCGGAGUGGAGGCUUUCAGAACAGGAAGGGGCUUAAGAUCAAGCGCCUUGGCAUCAGGGGACGUGGAGGCCGACGGCUCGUUCACAGCAUGUCGUUGGAAGAGAGAGGGGAUGACUCUCCCCUUACCGCUGGAUGAUGAGGCCUAUGCUCAAGAUGACAUGUUCAUUGCUCCUUUAUAUCAAGAUAAGUGGCCAGGACGGAUGUGUGGCCUAUGUUGCCUGAGUGAGCAGAGUCAGCUGGGCCAAGGUGAGCUGAUUCGCCAUGACCCAACGCCGGGAUAUAUCCUGCCGGAGAAGAUUCCCUCCCCCAUGGAGCCUGAGGAGGACUCGCCCCUGUCGAAAAAGUUCAAACCCAACAUUUCAUUAUUCAAAGACAAGGGUAAAUCGCCAAGAAAGCAGGUUGGAGAAGCAUUACCAGAACCAGUGGACGAGAUAUCCUUGGUGGGUCAUCAGGAGCCGCCAAGUAUAUCUGUCCUUUUUGAAUCUACAGGCCAUUGCUAUGUUCACUACAUGUGUGCUCUCUGGUCGUCUGAUGUAGAGCUUGCCAGUGAUGAUACGAUCAGCUGCAUUGAUAGAGCGGUUGUUACUGGAGCCAGCCAAAGAUGUGUGCACUGCAAAAAAUUUGGUGCAACAAUACCGUGCAAGGUACCUGGAUGCCCCAGGUUCUACCACUUCCCAUGCGCAAUGAGUGCUGGUGCACCCAUGGACCUCAAGAGUGUUGCAAUGGUGUGUACACCGCAUGCCGACAAGAGUAAAGACCUGUUGGUAGACAUGGCUUGUAUGGUGUGUGAAAGUCCUACUCCUGAGAAUUCCCUGCUCUUCUGUUCAUCGUGUGGCAACCACUACCAUGGUACCUGCCUUAAGCCCUGCAUCACCAUGUCAGCCUCCGUCAGGGCGGGCUGGCAGUGUCCUGACUGCAAGAUGUGUCAGAUGUGUCGGCAGCCAAGCGAUGAGAUCGUGUGUGGGGUGUGUGACAAGGCGUACCAUGUGGUGUGUGCCCGCCCCUUUGGCCUCUCCCUCUCCAGAACUGGGUGGAAGUGCAAGACGUGUCGUGUGUGUGGAGACUGUGGCUCGAGGACACCGGGCAAUGGGCUCUCCUCGCGAUGGCAUUCCAACUUUACUGUUUGCGAUUCCUGCUACCAGCUGCGGAACAAGGGCUUAGCCUGCCCCAUCUGUGGGAAGGCGUACCGUGCCAUCGCUCAGAAGAACAUGGCCCAGUGUUCAGCGUGUAGGAGGCAUGUCCAUAGUGCCUGUGACAGUGAUGCGGAUAUUGGUCUAAUCCAGUCGAAGUGGAACGCUGACAGGUCCUACGAGUACGUCUGCACCACCUGUAAAAAGGUUCCAGGACCCAGUCAGUCUCCCAUAAUAUCUCAAGAAGACAGCUGUGAUGGUCCUCAGGAAUCAUCCAUUCAUUCGGAGGACUCCAUUGAUUUGGAUCUGCCAUUGGAUGGAAAGUCGGAGGACUUUGGUCCCUUGCCUAAGCCCCAGACUUCCUUUUACACCCGUGGAAAACCGUUUAGUUUGGCAAAGAGAGGGAACUUUGCUCCCCGCUUGCGAGGAGGAGCAAUUGGAAAGAAGGCCUUCUCCAGCUCAAAGAAGAGAGGGCAGACAGUACCUGUCCGAAGGGGUCGAGGGAAUGGCAGAGGAUAUAGAGGAUAUUUCAAUUAUCAGAGUGUCACCCUACAGGCAAUGGAGAACAAUCACAGCACAGGCAAAGAAGAAGGGGAGGAGAACAAAGUGAUUCUGGUGGCCAGCAAUGACGAGUUUUGCCUUGAGCAAGAUGUGUGCGCCAUGUGUGGAGCGUUCGGGCAGGACCAAGAAGGAAGACUCAUUAGCUGUGCUCAGUGUGGCCAGUGUUACCACCCAUUCUGUGCCAAUGUUAAGGUACGGCUCAGCGUCAAGGUGAACAAAGUGGUUCUUGAGAAAGGAUGGAGGUGCCUGGACUGCACAGUGUGUGAGGGCUGUGGUGAGCGCAAUGAUGAGAGCCGUCUCGUCCUGUGUGAGGACUGUGACAUCUCCUACCACAUAUACUGCAUGACGCCACCUCUAGACAGUGUACCCUCUGGGGUGUGGAGGUGUAAAUGGUGUGCUGUAUGUCAGUACUGUGGUGCCUCAGAUCCUGGUCCUAGUGCCACCUGGCAGCAAAACUACAGUGUCUGUGGCCCUUGCAAUUCCAUGACUCAGUGCCCUGUGUGUGAUGAACCUUAUGCAGAUGGUGAGCUCGUUAUACAGUGUUCCAACUGUGAGCGUUGGCUGCAUGCCUCUGAUGACAUGAUACACACAGAAGAGGAGGCAGAGAGAUGUGCUGAGAAAGGAUAUUUGUGCCUAAUGUGUCGACCCCAGGAUGCGCUUCCUCCACACCUCCUUCCUCACACCCCACCCUUGCGCACACGUCCCACACACAGUUCAGUCACUCCCACCACAACACUACCAAGCCCUGUACGUCCUCCAAGUCCAAUUGACAUCAUGCCAAAGGUAACAUCCAAAACACAGUUCUGGGUGGAUGGUAUAUGCUUGUCCGAGUGUGGAAUGUUCCAGAUAAAGACAAUGACGUUAGAGCCACAGAAGAAGCCAAGGAACCCCAAGACAGUCCGAACCAGUCGAGGACCAUCCAUUGAUAGCAGUGGCAGUCGUGACAUUGAUGACGAUGAGGAUGAUGAUGAGGAGAAGUUGGAGAGUGAAGAGCCCAAGCACUGGGUGUAUGGCAUGAAGGAAGGAACCAUUCUGAAGGCCAAGGAGGAUGGUACACCACCUGACUUACCAGAUGGCUUUUAUACAUUACCGGGUCCUGAGCCAGGAACAUACACUUUGAGAAAGCGCAGAUAUCGCAACAUCAAAACUCUAGGCAUUGGUGGUUUCCAAGUCCGCGCACGAGGAAAGAAGGAUGAUGAAAAAGCACGGGAGGAGGCCAACCUUGACCCACAAGUUCUGGAGCUUAGGAGGAAGAGAAGUAACUGGCGAACCAAAAAGAAGAUCAAACUACUUGAAAAAUUUCCGUCUUACAUACAGGAGGCAUUCUUUGGCCGGAAUCUGAUGGAUACGAGCAAUCUGGAGGAGGAGAUGAAGCAGAUGGGUGACCUGGAUGAGGAAUUCACUGAAGAUGCCUUUGAUAUGCAGAAGACAAAGUCGGCAAUCAAUCUUUCAAAGGAUGAAGUCCAGCUUGUUCAGGCCGCCCAGAACAAGCAGCAGCUGGGCCAUGAACGGCGUAUAGACAGUGCAACACAACAGACAAAGUUGCUGUCCCCUCACCGCACUAAGGUAGAGGAUCAGACAGACUCCAAAGCGAAGGAAAAGAAGGAUGAGGAUAAGAAGGAAUGCAAGGAUGAGGAGAUGGCAGAAGAAGAUGAAAAUAAUGAAGCCAUAGAUGCUAUAUUUGCCCAGGGAGGUGAUUUAACGGACAUCUUGAUGGGCGACAUAAUGAGUGCAGCAAUAAAAGAUGAUGAUACAAAUCUAACAGGCGAUGAAGAUCUCUCCCAAGAUAAUAUAGAUGUACCUGGAGUAGGUGGCCCUGAAACAAAGUUGACUGACAUUCUUGGCCCAGGCUUUAAUCUGGAUGAUGUGGCUGACAUCAUGAAGAACUUGCCAGAAGACAGCACAGAGGAUAGCCAGGAUUCCACUGUAUCUACUGCAGCACCCUCAGCAAACACCAAAGAUAGCUUGGAUGGUGCCAGUGUCACAGGAACUCGUUCUGAAGGAAACACCACAAGUACUGGGCCAGCUGUCUCCUCAGCUGGACCAACAACUGUGUCUGUGCCAGUAACGAAGGAGGCUCCACUUGCCCCACCAGCAGUUCCUCCAGCCGUUCCUCCAACAGUUGCUCCAGCAGUACCUCCUGUAGUACCUCCAGCAACACUGCCUGCUGCUUCGACCCUCCGCCCCAAUCAACCCCCUGUUGCUCCGCUCGGAUCAGUCCCGUCAGUUCCCCAGCACGCGGUGGGUCCCCCCGUUCAGCAGAUGUCAGCCCCAGCAGUUCCCAUGUCAAGUGCUGUCCAAGGAGCCAAUGCCAUUCCAUCCAUGAAGAACCCUGUAGCAUUACCAAGUCCAGUAGGCCUCCAGAGUGCAGUUCCACACCAGAGCCCCGUGCCCCAUCAGAGUCCUGCACACCCCAGCCCUAUUACAGUUGGCCCACCACCUAUUCCCCAGUCGCUGCCUAGCCCCUUGCCACGAUCUGACUCUCAGCCAGGGUAUCCCCAAAGCCAAGCCAGUUUUCCUGCAACGCCAAAGCCAACAACGCCCACUGUGCCCGAGCCCCAGAAAGUGUGGACAAGCAAUGAUUCCCAGUCACAAAGCUUGACACUGGAGGAGGAUGAAGCUCUAGGACACAAGGCAACAAAGGCAGCUGUGCUCUAUGUCAACAUUCACAAACCCAAUCUCAAGAAUGACUUUCCAUCUGUAUCUGACCGUGAGAGACAGAUCAAACGUACGUGGAAGAACCUCAAAGAUGCAGAGCAGAAGAAGAUGCUGAUCCAGAGAGCCAGGGAAAACAAGAAAGAAUACUACAAAAAUAAACAGGAACAGCAAAGAGCCUUGAAGAGCUCAGAGAGCCUGGAAGGUUCGAGUACCCCAGGUUCUGUAGGCACCCCUGGAAGUCUCACUGAGGGUACCAACACUGACCCCAGUCCUGCAAGCACUCCACAUGCUUCUCCUCGCCCUCCUCUUCCUUCUAUCACACCGCCAAGGCCAAUGAUUGUAACCCAGCGACCUCAGAUACCACCAGGCUCGCCCACCAUGCGCCCUGGCCUGGCUCACACACUGAUCCGUGGCCCCAUGAGCCAUCCACAGGGUCCUCCUGACCCUUAUGCCAUGCAGCCGGGCACACCUCACCCAAGCAAACAGGGAGAUCCAUACGCUCAUCCUCCUUCCACCACCAGACCUCAGACUUCGCCACUGCCUUCUCCAACAAGCGGCGACCCAUUUUCCCGUGUGCCUCCUUCUCCACGCCCCCAUACAUCAGACCCCUAUAGCAUACCACCAUCUACUCCAAGACCCCCAGCAAGUGAUCCAUAUGCAAUGCCCCCACCAACGCCCCGCCCCAUGGAUCCAUAUGCCUCUCAACCAGCAACACCUAGAACACCUAUGUCAUCGGACCCUUUCACUUGCAGUACUCCCACGGAUUCGUUUUCUCAACCCCCGUCAUCUGGUUACAUUCAGGCUCCUCCUACACCAAGACCCCAUUCUGAUGACAGUUAUGGACAGCCUGCCACACCUGCAGGAGGCAUCUCAGGUGACCCAGCUGGGCAGCAGCAGCAACAGCAACAACAACAGCACUUGCGGGAACUGCUGCAGAGACAGAGGCCCCAGCAGUGGAGUGAGGGCAGUGUGGUUCACCCAAGUGGGGUGGCUCAGCCAAUCUCAUCUCCCAAUGGGAGUCAUGCAGAGUUCAGACAGCCGCUUCCACCAGUGGUGCAGAACCCUGGCGUGCGCAUGAGGCAGAGUAUAGCUGGGGGUCAGCCUGGCAUGAUGGUCCAUGCAGCUGGACCAGGCCAAGGCCAGAUGGACCCACGCUUCAGAAUGAUAAUUCAGAGGAACUUGCAACAACAGCAGCAGCAACAGCCACAACCACAGCCACAACCACAGCCGCAGCCACAGCCACAACCACCACAACAACAACCAGGAGGUGUCAAUGGGCACAACUCUUUGGACCCCUUCAGUCAUGUGGUACAGCAGCGCCCACACCAACAGUACAUGAAUGUUGGUCCUGGAGUAACCAGUGUGGUCCGAGGUCCUCCAACAACAGUGAUGGUAAGUCAGGGCAUGGGUUCCCCCCACAUCAGUGCGGCAGGCCCUGUCCCUGUGCCAGUUGAAUCACCCACCCACCACCCACCGGGACCCCCACACCCACUUGGUCCACCUCCACACCCACAGCAGCCUCACCAUCCCCCUGGGCACCCGCAGGGACACCCGCCACUUCAACAGCAGCCUCAUCCAUCUCUUCCACAACAGCCACACCCUCAGUUAUCCCAUCCUCAGCCACACCCUCAGCCUCACCCUCAGCCGCCCCAAGCUAAUAGUCAGCAGCAAUCAGAAUCGGAACUACCAGAGGCAGUAACUAGGGAACUGGAGCAGCUGGAAGAAGAGCAACAGCAGCAGCAGCAACAGCAGCACCAGCACCAGCCACAGCCUCCGAACCAGCAGUCAACUCCCCAACCUGCAGCUCAGACGCAAGGCCAAGGAGGCGAUGACCUUGAGGAUCUAGGAACAGGAGAUCUGACUACUAUGGAGGAUGACUUACUUGGUAUGGGAGGAGAUUUCAAUGCUCUUUUGGAAUUUGCUGAUGGGGAAGAUGGAGAGGAAGAUGAUGAGAAGCUACCUUCAAAUCUCUUCAAUGUCUUAGAUGCAGAUGAGGAAGAAAGGAGGAAGAGAAACAAAUCUGAUGAAGCUGGACCAGGCGUGCCAGGUAUAGCCAAAGAGAAGGUUAGUUUGCCAACAACCAUACCUGUUGGGCCACCCUCUUCAGGAACACAUGCGCAACCCUGCCCAACUGUCUCCCCCAGUCAGGGCUCCCAGCCACAUCUUGCCAACCCAGUGAACCCCAAUUGUGGACCAAGAGGGCGUGUACCAGUGGCUCUGCAGCCGCUGGGUCCCAAUGCUCAGCAGCAGAGGUUAGGGCCAAUUAUGGAGCCAGGGAGAGCCCCUAUGCCACACUCUCAAACGUCAAUGGCACCCAGUAUGUCCACAACAGGGUCAGCCCCAGUGAGUGCUGGGCCCAGCGAGUGCUCAAACAUGCCAACACCCCCUAACAUGGUCCCCAUUGGUCCGUCAUCUGGGCCUCCGGCCGGGCCUCCCCCUGGACCAAUAAUGGGCCCUGUCCACAUGAAUAUCAGUUCAGCACCUCAGCAGCCAGUGCAGCCUCAGAUGGCAACACAUAUAACACAGCCGUCAGCCAGGUUUGCAGGCAUGACCAGGAUGCCUGGGCCCAGAGGUGGGAUGAUUCGGCAGCCAGCGCCACCCCCUCCCCCUUACCCAGGCCACCCUCCUCCCCCGCCGUACCCAAGGACUCAGGUGAUGGUGAGUGAGGGUUUGAUGGUGAGGGGCCCCAUAGCAGGCAGUGUGGGCUCCCCCAUGGGGGUCGGGGGGCCACCACCGCCUCCCAUGAUGCGGCCGGGCCCACACCAUCAUGCCAUGAUGGGUUCAGGACCCUCAAUGGUGAUGAGUGGGCCACGCCUGCCUCCACACAUGGGCCACGGUCCCCCCGGGGGCCACCCACACCUGCCCGCUGGGCCACCGUCCAUGGGUCCACCCGGCCCUCAUGGCCCUCAUGGCCCUCACGGCCCCCAUGGUCCAUCGGGCCCUCAUGGCCCUAUGCUGCCGCCACAGCCACUCAGGCGACCACUACUACUGCAGGUGAGACUAACAGCACCUGGCUGCGCUACUUGUUGCACCUUCAUGGCUGCUCAUGUCCCCAGUGUCCGCACUUUGUUGUUGCUCCUCAUGUUGUCCAGCCUCUGUUGUGUGCAGUAUGUGAGCUCCUCCAUCCCUCAGUGUGCUGUCCUUAUGUUAACCACAUCACUGACGCGUCCCCCUCCCCCCUUCCCCCUCACCGCUUGUCGCACUUUCCUCUCCAGAACCUCUUUCUCAUGAACACCACACAGUUGU